AUGGGUAAAAUGAACUUCGCUGGGUUUGAUCAGUUUGUCAACGCCAUUGACGAGGCUGUUAGUCAACCUUGCUCAGACACGAUUACCACCGAACUGCGCGGCACAUUGUGCGAGUUGAUUCGUGAUGAGGGCAUCAAGUUGCCCAACUGCGUGUACCAACCGCAGGAAGAUCGCUACGCCCGGCGGGAACUUUAUACCAGCGAAGAACACGGCUACUCAGUCAUCGCUAUGACCUGGGGCGUCGGCCAGGGAACGCCGAUUCAUGACCACUGCGGCAUGUGGUGCGUGGAAGGUGUGUGGCAUGGCAACCUCGACGUAGUCCAGUACGCAUUGCUGGACCAGGCCGACGACAUGUUUAAGUUCAAAUCGGUCGGCGCGAUCAACGCGGGCUGCGGCUCGGCCGGAAGCCUGAUUCCGCCGCACGAGUAUCACACCAUUGCCAACGCAAGUGACGACGAUGUGGCUGUAUCAGUCCAUGUUUACUCGGGUGCCAUGGAGCGCUGCAACGUGUUCAACCCACUGGGCGACAAUAUGUACCAGCGCUGCCCAAGAGAGCUCUGCUUCGAUCAAUAA